GGGGCACCCGCGCCCCGGCGGCCCCGUCCGCGCUUCGGCCCCUCAGCUGGGGGCAGCGCAACCGGCCGGCGCCCCCGCCCUGCCCGGGGCCCAGGCCCGCCCGGAGCGCUCGGCCUCCCGUCAGGGGCCGCCCCCGCGGGGCCCCGCCGGGCUGGGGGAGGCCCCAGGGGUGGCUCGGCGCGCCGGGCGCUCCCGCAUUUUUGUCACUGGAGGGCAGCCCAGCUGGGGCUGGGCCGCGGGACGGCCGCGCUCCGCCGUUUCCGCGGCCUUUUCCCGGCGGGAGGCGGCUCGGCGGCGGCGCCUGCGGGCGGGCGGUCCCGCUCCCUGAGCGACGGCGCACGGGGAGCGGCGGCGGGGCCAUGGCGAGCCGCCCGCUGUACUACGUGACGCCGCGGCCGCCCAUCCACGCGCAGGCGGCGGACGAUGACGCAGCGGAAGCGGCGGGCGAUGACGCGGCGGAAGCGGCGGGAGCCGGGUCCGCCCCGCGGCUCGGGCGGCGGGAAGUGAGGUUCGCGGAGACGCCCCCGCCGCGGGAACGCGGCAGCUUCGGCCCCGCGCGGAGCGGAGCGGCAGCGGACGGGAUGGUGGGGGGCAGCGACGGGCAGGCUCCGCCGGGCGGCACCGAGCUGAAGUGCAGGCGGAAGAGCUCCCGGUUGGCGGCGGCGCAGGCGGAGGAGGCGGAGGCCGAGGCUGAGGCCGAGGCGGGGGCCGAACCCGGGCCCGGAGAGGCGCUGGAGGGUGACGAGCAUGACUUCGGGAAUCCAGACUCCUUGACUCGACCCCCUAUCAAAGCGCACAGAUCGCCAGGCAGUUCUUCAAUUUCCUUUCUUCAAGAGAACACAAUAAAGGAAAAAGCAAAUGCUUAUGACAGUAACGAACCUGAGGAACCAGCAAGGCAUCAACCAAACCUUUAUACGCCAUUAAAAGAAAGAAAGGCCGACUUUCUUGAGAAGAAUCAAGAGCAUCAGUCAACUACAUUACAGAGCAGAAGAAAAUUUCGAGACCAGCCCAGCACAGGGAAGAAGUCACAGCCUUUGGCCAAAAAUGAUGGUGAAUCACAGAGUGGAUUUCACAAGAGCUGGACUUUGUUACUGGUUCUGUUGAUUAGUGUCCCGUUGCUUUAUGUCCUGUGGAGUGGAAUACCAAGUCUUCUGGAUGUAACUUUGUCAAGUAGAGAUACUCAAAUUCUACAGGCGUUUCGGGCCCAGAUGAAGAAACUAAAAAAUACUUACCAAAGUCAGGACCCUAACCUGUGGAAAAGAACCCACGUGUUCCUUGAGAAACACCUUAAUUCUUCCCAUCUGCAUUUGGAGCCAGCCAUCUUACUGUUCACCGCUGGCCAAGAAGCUGAGAAAGCACUGAGAUGCCUAAGUUAUGAGAUUGCCGAUGCUUUUGCCUUUUCCCAGAAUGCUACUACAAUCAAAAUCAAUGGGGCAGACAAAGCCAUAUUAGACAGUGACAUUGUCAAGCUGGAGGUAGACAAUGAGCUCAGCUCUGGGUUCAGAGAAGGCAAGAAGGUAGCAGUGGUGCAUCGGUUCGAGUUACUGCCCGCAGGCUCCACCUUAAUCUUUUACAAGUACUGUGACCAUGAAAAUGCAGCAUUUAAGGAUGUGGCUCUGCUGUUGACAGUUCUCCUGGAUGAGCAGUCGCUGAGAAAGAGCCUCACCUUGCAAGAAGUUGAGGAGAAAGUCCGAGAUUUCCUCUGGGAGAAGUUCACCAGUUCAGAUGUUCCUAGUUCUUACAAUAGUAUGGACACAGAUAAGCUGAGUGGACUGUGGAGCCGUAUUUCUCAUCUUGUGUUGCCUGUUUGGCCUGAAAAAGGCCUCCCUGUGGAGGGAUGCAGAUAAAAGUAAUUGGAGAGGACUGGGGAAAGGAACAAGACAGCAAAUGUGUGUAGUGAUGGCUGAACAGGGGAGAUGUCCUGUGGCAGCUGAGCUCAGGCAGCAAGCAGUCCUUUCUGUGCAAAAUAAAUCUACCAGCUGGCAGGGUUGUUUCUGCUAAAGUAACCAGGACUUCUCUAAGUCAGCGGCAGAAUGUAAGCAAGGAACUUGCUAGGUGUUGGUAAGUUGUGUUCAGUGACUUAUUCAGGCUUGUCAUCCUGGAGCUGAAACUAAGUGCAGAACCACUCAUCUGCUCCUAGAGCUGCCUUGGUGCAUUAUUGGCUUUUCUAUGAGGAUCCUUUUCUGGUGGUGCAUAAAGCUGGUAUUGUGUUUGACAAGGUAACAGGGUGCAAAACCAUCACCUACAUCUGUCACAAUUACUUACUUUUCUUCUAACAUGAGAAAGAACAUAAACUGCAAAUGAUGGUAAGGUGAUGUGUGAGUCUUAAGCACAAACUUUUUCUUGACCUGUCUGAUCAUAACAUAGGUGUCAGCUCUCUCUGACUUCUAGAAAUGGCAAAAUUGCUCAAAAGAUUUGUAAUUUGCAGAGAACCUUUCAGCAAUUGUUUCUUCCUUAAAUGAGCCUGCCCCAAACAGUUCUGCAGAGUGGCAAUAGCUGAGGUAUGAAGGAUUGCUUGACGUUGGUAGUACUGAUGUCAGGUAAGUAAUCUCUCAGCACCUCUUUGCCUCGCUGCUUCCAGGAACUCUCUGCUCUUUGUCAAAGUUCUGCAAGUCUUAAAAUUUUGGGGGAAAUGAUAAAAUGUCAGCAAUGUGUAUGUACUAAAGACCUCUUACAUCUCCUUUCCAAACAAAAGCUUAGGAAGAUGUAGGUUCUUUCUCAUUUUAAUAAGAUAACUAUUUUUGCAUCAAGAGAAUUUAUUUAUUUGUGGAACUUGUUAUCCUAGAAAAAUAACCUUUCCUUGCGUAUCUGUGUAUAACCUGCUGCUUGCUGUAUAAGCUUCUAGUGAAGAACAGGUUUACAAUGCAUGCUUUUAAAAUACAUUUUUUUUUAGCAUGCGUCGUGCUGAAAAUCCCUCGCACCAGACUAAAAACCUGUACCUAUUUCUAUUUUGUGUAAAAAAAAAAAAAAAAAAAAAAAUAAAGAAAA